CAGUAAUGGGAGCAGCGAGUUCGCGUGAAAAUGAGGCGGCGGCGACCGAGUUCGUGGACCGCGUGACGACGGAGAACGGCGUGACAGUCUUCAGCAAGAGUUACUGUCCGUACUGCAAUCUGGCCAAGGGCGUUCUAGACGAAGCCGGUGUCAAGUAUCACGUGGUGGAGCUGGACCUGAAGAACGACGUACCAACUGGGGCUGAGAUCCAAAGCGCACUGGCUACUGCAACUGGACGACGCACCGUUCCCAACGUCUUCAUUAAGAAGGAGUCUAUUGGUGGUGGGACCGACGUGCAGGCGCUGUUUCAGUCGGGCAAACUCACGGAAAUGCUGCGUAUGGCCGGAGUACUGUGAUCGGGCAUUAAGCCAACUGGACAGCAUUUUUCUUGUUGUAAAUUGACGAUGAUCGUUUAUUUCAUGUCAACCUUUGGUUGGCAACUAAGGUAUCGAAGGCCUCAUUGCACGUACUUGGUUAAAGCUUUGUUGACGGAUUGUCCCAAGUAGUGCUGUGAUCAACUUUGUACUGUUGG